AUGGAUAAUGGGAUGAAACCAGAGAGAAUGUUGUUGGAAAGGUUUGAGCAAACAAAGCCCCUUCAGAUUCCCAAUGAAUUCUGGAAUCUCUCAUUCGAAUUUGUUGCACGAGAGAUCAAGGACUAUGAAUUCCCAUUUAUCAGUCUCUUGCUAACAGCUGUCGGAAGAAUUCAAAUGGCUAGUCGCAUUUUGGUUAUUGCCAGUUUUAUAGCCAUUGCCUUUGCCAUGGUCACUGCCUUUGAGCCUAGUCCGUUGCAAGAUUUCUGUGUUGCCGAUCCUACUAGCUCAGCAAGAGUUAACGGUCUAGCUUGCUUGGACUCAAAGAAGGUACAAGCCAACCACUUCUCCUUCAGUGGCCUUCAUAUUCCAGGAAACACAUCAAAUGCCCUUGGCUCUGCAGUUAAACCUGUCUUCGUAGCCCAAUUACCCGGACUAAACACCCUUGGAAUCUCGAUGGCCCGCAUUGACUAUGCACCCUGGGGUCUAGUUCCUCCUCACUCACACCCCCGCGCAACUGAAAUUCUUACAGUCUUGGAAGGCAGACUCCUUGUUGGCUUCGUGACCUCUAACCCUGAAAACAGGCUCAUUACUAAGGUCCUUGAAAAGGGUGAUGUGUUUGUGUUUCCUAUUGGACUUGUUCACUUCCAGAGAAAUGUUGGCCCUGGAAAUGCUUUCUCUAUCUCUUCCUUAAGCAGCCAAAACCCUGGUGUUAUUCUCAUUGCGAAUACUCUAUUUGGAUCCUGA